AUGGGGGACCUCAAUGUGGUCAAGGACCCGGACUUGGACCGCACAUCGCACUCCGGCUCCUCGGCAGAGAAUCAAAGGCUUCUGAGCUGCUGGGGGAACACGGAUUUGAGGGAUGCUUUCAGGCACUUACAUCCGGACAAGAGGGAGUACACGUUCUUUGCUAAAGCAACAAGGUCCAGCUCGAGAAUCGACAGGGCGCUGAUAUCUCAGCCGCUGCUGUUGCGAUUGGUGGAAGCGAAGCACGUGGCGAUCACGAAUGGGAUGACGGACCACUGGCGCGGAAUAGGAGUGGUGCUGGAAUCUGCAGACACGGUCAAGAAAGGGCCGGGCAUUUGGAGGUUGAGGGCGGAGCAAACGAAAAAACAGGGAGUCAGAAAAAUCAUUAAGAAGAUCAUCGAGGAAUCCGCUGGUGAACCUGCUGACCGGCUGCUAGGAAGGUUACCCGCCUGUCUGAGGGCGUACUCACGGGAGGAAAGGAAACGGGAGAAGGCGACCAGAUUGCACCUCACCAAAGAAGUGGAGCGGUUCCGCGUCCGAGUGUCAAGAUACCCACACUGUCAACGUACAGGCCGGAUCUUGCUCAGGAAAGAGGAGUUGCUGGAAGCGUACGAAAAAAGUCACAAGGAGAAACUGCAGACUUGGGCAUGCGUCGAAGCAGAGCUGGAUGGGGAGGUGGCAUCGGGAUUCCUGUCUGCGCAAAUCAAAGCACGCAAGGCAGGGACGGAGAUCCGCGAAGUAUCAAGAAAUGGGAGUGUCUUCUCAGGGGUGAAGGAAGUUCUCUCGGCGGCAACCGAUCACUUCCGAGAAGCCUUCGGAUGUUCGGAUGGAGGCGCUUUACCUGUAACGGUUGACCGUACCAUGCAGCGGCAGCUGGGAGAGAAGAGCAAGGUUUCGCUGGGGGCACCCUGGGCGGAGGAAGAGGUGCGGAAGGCAGUUCGGGAGCUCGCCCCGGGGAAAUCACCUGGAGCAGAUGGCCUGCCCAAGGAGCUCUUCGACCAUAACUGGGAUUUGCUGGGGCCGAUCUUGAUGGACCUGGUGGGGAGGUUUACAAGGGGAGAGGACCUGCCGCAAAACAUCACCACAGCGGUGACCAUUCUGCUGCACAAAAAGGGUGACAAAGGUGACCUCGGGAACUACCGACCGAUAACGCUUCUAAGCACCGUGUACAAGAUCUUAGCAAAGGUGAUGGCGAGCAGGCUCAAGACUGUUCUGCACGAGGUCAUAUCGGAGGACCAGUACGGCUUCAUACCUGGUCGUCAGUUGGCGGACGCGGUGGCGGUGGUGGCAGACGCCAUAGAUGCGGGGGCAAGCGGGAAGGAGGACUGGUUCUUGCUGAUGGUCGACUUCCAAAAGGCGUUUGACUCAAUCUCGCGUGACUUCCUCUUCAGCACCCUGCGGAAGUUGGGCCUACCGGAGAACUUCGUGUCCUGGACGGAGGGGUUGCACAAAGGAGCAGGUACACGUUUGCACAUUAACGGGUGGACAGGUGAAAAGGUAGCGGUGGAAAAGGGGGUGCGCCAAGGUUGUCCGCUGGCGCCGUACCUGUUCCUCUGCGCGGUGGAGCCGUUAUGCCAAGAGAUCAACCGAAAAAAGCUGGGAAUCGGAAAGAAGGGUGUGGGCAAGCUGGCGUACCUGGGUUACGCCGAUGACACCUCGCUCCUACUGCAGGGUGCGGAGCAGCUCCAGACGGCGUCUAAGGUGCUGUCGGAUUUCGGGGAGGAGUCGGGCCUGAAGGUGAACGAAGGGAAAACAGUGAUAUUUCCGCUGGGGAAAAACCGGGGAAAGCCGGCACCGCACGGGGUGAGAUACAAGUGGGCGGAUAAAGACGACCCGGAGCGUCUGCUGGGGGUCUGGAUCACGCCAAGUGGGAACCCAGCCCCUUCCUGGAACAAGGCGCUGGACAGGGCAAGGGGGGAGUUAGCGAAGUGGGAAAUGAGGCACUUGACCACGACAUCACGCGUGACAAUAAUCAACAGCUACAUUGUGCCGGUCUUCCUCUUCCAGGCACAAGUAUACCUACCGACGGAGGCCAUUUGGAAGAGGAUUCACAAAUUAUGCCACACCUUUGUCUCGAAGGGUGAAACGGCCGAGGAGAAGCGUUUCAUACUCUGGAACUACAAGCUGGCAUGCACGCCUCGGGAGGACGGGGGGCUGGGGCUGAUUUGCCCGGAGCUGAGAGUCAACAGCAUCGCUAUCCGGAACGUCUGCCGACUGGUGCUGAUGCCGGACUCUGUCAAAAAAUGGUUGGCGGUGAAGGCUGCGGAAUUCCCCCUGGGACUGGACACCGUCUUCGCGCACAAGUCCGUGCUGGAUCACUGGGUGAAAGGAAGCGCACGAUGGAAGGAGCUGACUGAGAAAUUCUGGGGCUCGCCGCUGUGCAAACCGCGAACACCGACAAACCGCUGGGAGGUGGAGCAGGAGCAUCUGGCUUUCAAUCCAAAUAUCCCCUACAGUGGUGCAAGCCCUUUCGGGAACCAGAAGGGGGCUUUGGUGCUGCUGGGCAUCCGCGUGGGUGACCUGAUUAAGAAGGCAGGCGACAGAACGUGCAUACUCAAAGGGUUAGCGGAGCUGACGAGGGAGAUGGGGAACAGAGACAAAGCGAAAUGGGCGCUGAGAGCUUUUAAAGCGACACCGGCGCGCUGGAAGGAGAUGGUAUUAACAAAACUGACAGGCGAGGAGAUUGUGGCCAAGGUGAAGCUGCUACGGUCGGGUGAUGGCGCGACUAGAAACUUCACCUACUGGCAGAUCGAGGAGGCGAAGGGGGAUAAAGUGACGGGGAGGCUAUGCACCGUUGAGGAUGGCAGAAGGAAACCCCAGACCACUGCCUCCUAG